AUGUCAAUUUUUAAAAGAAAAUCAGCAUCUAAUGUUUUCGUUAGGGAUUUACGUCCUGGCUCUGAUAACUUUGUUAUCAAAGUUAAUAUCCUCAAGAUUUGGGAUGGAUUCAAAGGUAGAGGGCGGUGUUCACUUGAGAUGGUCUUGGUUGAUCAAGAGGGUGAUAGGAUACAAGCAACUGUUGAAAGGUUUUUCGCUAAAUCUUUUCGUAAAGAUUUGGUCGAGGGGAGAUCGGUGCUUAUCAAUACUUUUAAGGUUGUUGAGUAUAAUUCUCAGUAUCGAACUACACGAACACCUUUUAAGAUAGUUUUCUAUGCAACUACGACUGUCUCUGUAUGCUUGGAUUUUCCUCAAGAGGUUUCUGAAAAAUAUAUGAAAAGUUUUCCAGAUAUUUUAUCAACUGAUUUGGACAAUGGCUAUUUGAUCGACGUGGUCGGACAAAUCGUAAGAGUUGGUCAUGUUGAGGACGUUAUGGCUCAAGGAAAAAGGCGUUCUAGACUUAAGAUUUAUCUUAGGGAUGAGAGCGAUCUACAAUUACCAUGUACUCUUUGGGCUGAUAACGCAAAAGAAGUUGCUGAUUAUGUUAAACGUAAUUGCGCAUCCGUCGUUGUGGUUAUUAUAAGGCUUGCGUGUAUCAAAAACUAUCGAGUGUGUCCUCUUGUGGCGAAAUUCCGAUCUGAGUUGCCUCAAGAUAAGUAUAUUCUCAUUCCUAACGAAGAUGAUUCGGGUGUAGAUUCUAAAGAUUCAUUAAACAAUGAAUUUUUGGUUGGUAAGUAUGUGACAUUGGCGACUAUACGCUCUGUUGCCAAUAGUAAUUCGUGGUAUUUCAUAGCAUGCAAGAAGUGUGAAAAAAGUUUCUUUCUGUUGUUGAACGUGGACGAUGGUUUUGGAGGGACGACAGUCUUUGUCGUGUUCGACAAAAUUGCUCAAAAAUUGUUUAAGAAGACUGCCGAGGAAGUUUUCGAAGAGUCUGUUGGGGAUAAUUCGUCUGGACUGCCUCAAUCACUGCGUGAUCUAGAAGGAAAAGAGUUCCUUUUUAAGGUUGUUGUAACUGAAGAUAAUGUCAAAAAGGUUAAGAAUUCGUUUUCGGUUGACCAGUUUACAUCUGAUGACUAUAUGAUUCAGACGUUCUGUAGUCAGGUCUAUUCUGAGCCUCCGUUUUUGGAAACCUUCGUCGAUGAAGAUAGAGGAUCAUAUGUUGAGAAAACUCUGCCUGCCUGUUCUAAAAGUGAUUGUGAUGAUCCUCAUGUCAGUGUUGAUGUAAAUGCAGAAGUUUCUAUCGAGAAGAUUGUACCUGCAUCUUCUAAAAGUGACAGUGAUGCUCCUAAUGACAUUGUUAAACAAAAUACAAAUGUUACUCUCGAGAAGACAGCUCCUGUGAGUUCUAAAAGAGAUCGUGAGGAUCCUGACGUCAUUCCUACUCCUGUCAAAACAUCUGGAUCUAGAAGGAAGAAGAAUUCUAUGUCAUAG